AUGCAGUUGAAAAAUAAUAUGACUGAGUUUAUUCUGCUUGGGUUGACACAAGAUCCUGUUAGGAAGAAAACAAAUCCAAAGUUGCAGAAGGUCAUAUUUGUUGUGGUUUUGGUCGUCUACAUCAUCUCUGUGGUAGGAAAUUUGUUCAUCAUGGACACCAUUAUAGUCAGGCCACUACUGAGUUCUCCUAUGUACUUUUUUCUGGCUUAUCUGUCCCUUAUUGAUGCUUGCUACUCCUCUGUGAAUACCCCUAAACUGAUCAUUGAUUCCCUCCAUGAAAGGAAGACCAUCCUGUUCAAUGGAUGCAUGACACAAAUCUUUGGGGAACAUUUCCUGGGAAGUGCUGAGGCCAUUCUGCUCACUGUGAUGGCCUAUGACUGCUAUGUAGCCAUCUGCAAGCCCUUGCACCACACAAGCAUCAUGAACUGGAGGGUGUUUUGGCUGCUAAUUGGAGUGGCAUGGGUGGGAGGCUUUCUUUAUGGACUCACACAGAUCUUUUUCAUCUUCAGAUUACCCUUCUGUGGCCCUAAUGUCAUAGACCACUUUUUAUGUGAUCUGAACCCUUUGUUAAAUCUUGCCUGCACUGAUACUCACACUCUAGGAUUAUUUGUUGCUGCCAAGAGUGGUUUCAUCUGUCUUAUAAACUUUAUCCUCUUGAUGGGCUCCUAUGUGGUCAUCCUGCAUUCCCUAUGGAACCACAGUUUGGAGGGCGAAAAAAAAGCUCUCUCAACAUGUAGUUCUCACAUAACAGUUGUAGUUUUAUUCUUUGUGCCCUGUAUCUAUAGUUACGUUCUACCUGCAGGGAGCAAGAACAAAGACAAAAACAUCUCUGUGUUUUACGCUGUGAUUGCUCCCAUGCUGAACCCUCUCAUCUACACCCUGAGAAACAUGGAGAUGAAAAUCGCCAUGAGGAACGUAUGGUCUAAAGUGACACAUUCAGGUUUAAAGUAA